AUGGCUUCAACUUCGGCAUCGGCAUCGUCUGCCGCUAAGGCUGACCAGCCUGUUGCCAUCGUCUGCGUUGGCAUGGCCGGAUCUGGCAAGACGACCUUUAUGCAACAGAUCAAUGCCCAUCUCCACGGAAAGAAAGAGCCUCCUUAUGUCAUCAACCUCGACCCAGCAGUCACCCACUCGCCCUUCGAGAGCAACAUCGACAUCCGCGACUCGGUCAACUACAAGGAGGUGAUGAAGCAGUACAACCUCGGACCCAACGGCGGCAUUCUCACAUCGCUCAACCUCUUCGCUACAAAAGUCGACCAGGUCCUCGGUCUGCUUGAGAAGCGCACAACCCCCAAGCCCGACGACCCUGCGCAUACGCCCAUCAAGCACAUCCUCGUCGAUACGCCGGGUCAGAUCGAGGUGUUCGUCUGGUCCGCCUCGGGCCAGAUCCUCCUCGAGUCGCUCGCCUCGUCCUUCCCCACCGUUAUCGCCUACAUCAUCGACACCCCCCGGACGGCCUCGACGUCGACCUUCAUGAGCAACAUGCUUUACGCCUGCAGUAUCCUUUACAAGACCAAGCUGCCUAUGAUUCUGGUGUUCAACAAGUCCGAUGUCAAGGACCCGGCCUUCGCCAAGGAGUGGAUGACCGACUACGAUGCUUUCCAGGCUGCGCUGCAGGAGGACGAGACCAACAACGCGUUUGGCGGAGCGGAGGGCAGUGGCGACGGCAUGGGAUCGGGCAGCGGAUACAUGGGCUCGCUGUUGAACAGCAUGAGUCUGAUGUUGGAGGAGUUUUACGCACAUCUCAGCGUUGUCGGUGUCAGUUCAUUGUACGGAACGGGCAUUGACGAAUUCUUUGCCGCGGUGCAGGACAAGGCGGAAGAGUUCAAGCGCGACUAUCAGCCUGAGCUCGAGAGAAGGCGCGAGGAAAGGGAGGAGAACAAGAAGAAGGCUCGGGAGAGGGAACUCAACAAGAUGAUGAAGGGCAUGUCGAUGGGUGAUACGGCGGGCGAUGUCACAGUCGGCGAUGUUAAUGAUGGAGAGGCCCCCGAGCCGCUGAGCACGGAUGAGGAGAGUGAUGAGGAAGCUGGCGACGACCCGAACGACGAGUAUGACCGCGAGGGACUGCAGGCGAGGUACGCCGCUGCCAUGCAGGGUGAGGAUGACUCGGUUUUGGCGGAGGCAAGUUUUGCAAAGUACCUCCACACUCAGCAGAGGUGA